GAUUUUGCAUGCAAGUUUUGAUUGAGGUGCUUUGGGUAAAUGCAAACAGUUUUGAGCUGAGUAGGAGUGUGACUUUUACUCAAACAUUAUGGGCGGUGUACACUCUUAGGAGUGUGACCGUGAGGAGGCUGAAGUGUGAGCGGGCCCGUACUUGCAUUUUCAGACCCAGCUACUCUCAGCGCCGGCUCUGUUCCAUUACAUUCGUCUGUUUUCUGAUUACCUGUUUGCGUCGCGUCGAUUCUUCUGAAACACAAUUAUCUCCCCUCUCCUGUCAUCCGACCACUGUGGAGUUCGUUAAGAACUGCGUGCAAGCCAAUCAGAAACGGCCGCCGGCCACCUGCAGGAAGUUGGCCGUCCACUUAUCUCCUCCCUCCUUCGGCUGCAGACAGAUAACAGCAGCAACAGUUGAACAGAGUGGCAGCUCCGCAGCAACCUGAUGGACACUAAAACAGUGUAACGGUCUCCCGAGCAGCUCGGAAACAGGCUCUGGUCGUUGUGUUUCGGGACUGGCUGAGCAGAGGUUAGCGCGGCUCAUAAAAAGUUGCUGUGAUAGAAAGAGGAAGGCUGCGGGACUAAAGACGCGAAGCUCUCCCCUAGUUUGGAUCCAGUGCGCAGCAGCGGUGAUCGGCAUCAUGAGCGUCCCGCUUUACUCACCGACCCCAAUUCAGCCGGCACACCCGACCCCCUUCUACAUCGAGGACAUUCUGGGGAGGACCUCCACCACCACCUCCACAUCUCCGUCCUAUUCUUCAUCGCCAACGUCUUCAUCUUCCUGCUCCACUCCGGUCAUCCCCACGCCGACUCUCCCGUCUCCCAACUCGUCCUUCAAAAGUUUGAUCUCGCCGUACAGAACCCCGAUUUAUGAACCCACGCCGAUCCACCCCGCGCUGUCCCACCACGCUGCGCUGACGGCGACGUACGCCUCGGCGGGGGCUUUCACCGGCUCCUUUUACCCGUUUCACCAGCAACACCACCGCUCCAUGGGGGAGUACGCACAGGCGCUGCUCAGGCACGACCCUCUCGGGAAGCCUCUGCUGUGGACGCCGUUCAUCCAGCGGCCCUUACAUAAGAGAAAAGGCGGCCAGGUGCGCUUCUCCAACGACCAGACCAUCGAGCUGGAGAAGAAGUUUGAGACGCAGAAGUACCUGUCACCUCCGGAGAGGAAACGCCUGGCCAAGAUGCUGCAGCUCAGCGAGAGACAGGUUAAAACCUGGUUCCAAAAUCGACGUGCGAAGUGGCGAAGACUAAAGCAGGAGAAUCCUAAGAGGGAGGUGGAGGAUAACAGUUCCAGAGGUAAGAAAGGAGAUGAGAUGAUAGAGGCUGCCGGAAUCCAGAACCAGGAGCAGAGGCAGCCAGGCUCGGCCCCCGAGUUGGCGCAAGCGGGACACUGUGUGUCCCGACAGCAGGCCCACACAGAGCUGGACUCUGACGUGUCAGACGACACAGACCAAGAACUGGACAUAGAGGACGACGAGGACUUCACACUAAACCCCCAGUUCUGAAACACAGGCUCCAUAAAGAUCUGCCUCAGACACUGAAGCUCUCAUGCGUCGCUGUAACUCCUUCCUCCUCCUCCUCCUCCUCCUCCAGCCUGGUGACUUGCAGAUUGAUAGACUGGUUCCGGAUGUAAUACUAAGACAAGUCAGCCCCUCAAACCCGAGUGCCUUUCAUCAGAACUGUCUUCUUUGUUGAACCUGUGUACAUAUGCGUAAUUUUGUGUGUGUGUGUGUGUGUGUGUGUGUGUGUGUGUGUGUGUGUGUGUGUGUGUGUGAGAGAGAGAGAUGUUCUUCAGAUGAAUAGUAUGCCUGUAGAUCAGUUUCUCUGUACUGUAGCAUAUACGUGUUUUUAUAGCGUGUUUUUUAGUUCUUUUUGUUUUGUUUUGCGUGUGUGUGUGUCGGCGUGUGUUUUUUAUGUGACAU